AUGGCUUCUAAUAAUCAAAAUGCAUUAUUCUCUGAGCAACCGGCGUUAUUUUCAUCUUUAAACGCAACAGUGGCCACAGGGUCAUCUACAUUUAGUCCUCGUUUACCGCCUAUCCCAGAACAGGAAUGGGAUUUCAAUUGGGAAGAGAAUGCGUUUCCGCUGUCAAGUCCCUACGAAGGCUUCGAGCAAUCCACAGCUGCUAUCAAGCCUGCUACCAACGACAAUUCAUUGCCUCAAACACACGAGGAGCUAACCGAUGUGCAAACUGAGGUGCGACAGCUGCGUCGUGAUAUCUCAGAGCUGCAUGAAAUGUUCUGUAAGCGGCUAGAUGAUAUAGAGACGAGCGUACUAGGAGCUCAACGCUAUGUCAAUAAUUUAGUACCGUGGUCCAUGGAAGUUCACGAGAAGUAUUCACAACUAUUAGCGAUAGCAAUGAAGCAGGAAGACCGAGCUGCAGACAGGGCUACAUAA